UACACCUGUGAUGGAUUACUUAGUACAAAUACUUUGGUUUGUUCUGGUCAUGGUGUUUGUAUUGAUAAUAAUUGUUCCUGUUCUCAAGGAUGGACAGGCAGUAAUUGUUCCCAACCACAAUGUAAUGGUAUUUUAGCAUCAGAUGUCAAUGUCUGUAGUGGAAAUGGUACAUGUAUUACUAAUGUUAUGAAACCUUAUUGUUCAUGCAAGAGUGGAUAUUUUGGUGAUGCUUGUGAUAUUUAUAGUUGUUCUAAUAUUCCUAAAACAGUUUCGAAUACUUGUUCUGGAAAUGGUAAAUGUGUCGGAAUGAACAAUUGUGAAUGUAAGGAAGGUUGGAUUGGAUCUAAUUGUGAUGUUACCUCCUGCAGUGGAGUCUUGAGUAAUUCUUCAAAUAUUGGUUCAAGAAACGUUUGUACGUGUAAUGAAGGUUACAUUGGUAGUAACUGUUCUAUUCCAAUCUGUUUUGGAAAGACUGGCAACUCAGCUUGUUCCUUGAAUGGUAAAUGUGUUUCUCCUAAUUUGUGUAAUUGUACAACUGGAUAUGUUGGAGAAGAAUGCCAAAUUCCAACUUGUGGUGGAUUAAAUUCUACUGAUCCAGCUGUUUGUAAUGGAGGUUCUUGUAUCAGUUAUGAAAAAUGUAUUCCAAAAUGUCAUGGAACACCUUCCAAUAAUGGAAAUGUUUGUUCUGGAAGAGGAUCAUGUAUUUCACAAGAUGCUUGUAACUGUACCAAGUUAUAUGAAGGAACUAACUGUGAAAAUUUGAAGAAAUGUUCAACCUUGACCUGUGUCAAUGGUGGCGAAUGUUUGUAUACCUUAAAUGGAGAAGUUUGUAAUUGCACAGAUUCCUAUUUUGGAGCUAGAUGCGAAAAGAAAAAAUGUUGUAAACUUGAUUGUUUGAAUGGUGGUGUUUGUGAAAAUGAUAAGUGUGUUUUUUGUCCAAGUGAAUACUCUGGUGAAAAUUGUGACAUUUACACACCUUCUGUUGAUUGUAUCACUCUUCCAUCAACUGCAUUGUCAUUCUGUAAAUCUAGUAUUGAUUACACUGUUUUGAAUUCUGUUUAUAACAGUGGAGCUCUAAAUGCAUCUCAUGCUAGAUUAUUGAUUGCUAGAGCUGCUUCUAGAAUUGAUGCUUUGGCAAAGGAACAAUUUGACAAUUACAUUAACUUGUAUUCACAGGAAGGAAAAACUUGUGAUGAAAAAUGUAUUGCUACAUUGACCAAAUUUGUUUGUUACAUGAAAUUCCAAUCAUGCUCCAAACGUGACUCAAUCGCCACCUCUACUCAAGUUUGUAAGAGCGUUUGUGAACAAGUUGUCAAGACUGAGUUGACCAGUAUUCCAGAUUCAUUUACUGGUCUUUGUGAUAGCUUCACAACUACAAAUUGUUUCUUUGGCUCCUUCCUUCCAUCAGACACCACAUGUCAUGGUGUUUCUUAUACUGCCUCAUCAGUUUGUUCAGGAAAGGGUAAAUGUUCAUCACAAGAUAAUUGUGAUUGUUCAAAGGGUUAUACAGGAUCAAAAUGUGAAUUACCAAUUUGUUAUGAUAAGGAUAGUUCUCAUUCUCUAGUUUGUUCAGGAAGAGGUCAAUGUGUUGGUGUCAAUACUUGCAAAUGUAAUAAUGGAUUUACUGGUCCAGAAUGCCAAUUGUCAACUUGUAACGGCAAGUUGGAAUCUGAAGGUGGUUGUUCAUUCCGUGGUUCUUGUUCUGAUUCUCAUACAUGUACUUGCUCUGGAAACUUUGCUGGCUCUUCUUGUGGCUCUUGUAAAACAGGAAUGACAGGUCCAAACUGUGACAUUCCAAUUUGUAAUGGUGUUAAGGCAACUGACGGAUCUGUCUGCAGUGGAAAAGGUAAAUGUGUACUCGAAAACAACUCUCCUGUCUGUAAAUGUAAUACUGGUUUUGAUGGUACAUCAUGUCAAAACUUUAAAUGUAAUGAUAUUGACAGAACCUCAGCACUUGUCUGUGGUGGUAGAGGUAAAUGUAUCUCACACAAUGCCUGUGUCUGUUCCAGUUCCACAUUUGAUGCUUCUAAAUUCUGUUCAGAAUGCACUCCUUCCUUUACUGGUUCAGAUUGUUCUGAAAAAAUCUGUUCAGACGAGUUGACUUGUAGUGGACAUGGUAAAUGUGAUAACUCAUUUAAAUGUGGUUGUACUGGUAAUUGGGCAGGAGAAUUCUGUAACAAGUGUAAAUCUGGAUUUGUUGGUACAGAUUGUCAAUUCGAAUGUUCCCCUUCAAAGAAUUGUAAUAAUAGAGGAAGUUGUAAUAUGGAUGGAAGUUGUGCUUGUCAAGCUCAUACUUCUGGUGCUCAAUGUGAAAGCUGUGAAAGUGGUUGGUUUGGUGAGAAGUGUGACUUUAGUGUAGAUUCGACUUCUUUCGGAUUUUCAACUUUGGGUGAUUCCAUUUACGGAGUUGUUUAUUCUUCCUUAAAGAAGAAAUUCAUGUGUUCUGAUCUUAUUGUCAAUCAUGAAAUUCUUGGAGUUGGUGCCAAAUGUCUUUUGAAUUCUGAAAAGAGUUCUAUGGAAAUUACUUUAGGUCCAUCUGCAAGUAUUUCAAUUGGUGGAACUUUACAAUUCAAGAAUUACUUUGGAAGUCAAGAAACUACUCAAGUUAGUAUUAAGAAUAAGGAUUAUCUUCCUCUUUCUCCAACUGCUUCUUUGACAGCUGACAAGGCCAGUGUUUCCAAGGCAUGUGGUUCUAUUUACUUGGAUGCUUCUGGAUCAGUUUCUUUGGAUAGAAGAAGUUUAAUUUUCACUUGGUCAACCAUUCUCGCUCCAACAACUGACGAUGCCGAUGCUCUUGAAGUUUUACUUGCUGGUCAAUCAGGAUCUGGUAUUAAGGUUAGUGGACAAACUUUGGGAAUUGGUUCUUAUACUGUUCAAGUCACUGUCACUAGCUCUUUCUCUCAACAACAUUCAACAGCUUCUGUUUCAUUCCAAAUUUCUGAUUUGACAUCUCCAACAGUUUCUAUUAAGGAAGGUUUGGAAAGUACAAUGAUUAUUGGAAAGACUUCAAUUAUUUCACCAACAGUUUCCUUCCCAUCUUGUUAUGGAGGGUCUGGCCCAUUGUCCUAUGAAUAUUCUUUAGACAGAGCCAAAUCUGUGGACACAACCGUGACUGUUAAAAAGAAUAAGGAAUUGUUGGUUUUCAGCAAUGAUUUUACAAAGAUUUCAGUUGAAGGUGAUUAUUACUUUGUUUUGACAGUUUCUCAAAGCGGAGCUGCCACUGUCAAUGUUCCGUUUAAGGUAACUGCCAAGGCAUUGCCAUUAAUUGUUUCAUUCAGUGUUAGAGAUAUGUCUCAAUCCUUUGAAACUCCUGUGACAUUCAAUGUUGAAAAGCAAGAUCCAAGUAAUCCAUCAGAAACCUCAGGAUCAAUUUCCUUGUCAUGUGUCAAUUUGCUUACAGCUGUUCCUUGCUUUGAUCCCAUUAUUGAUGAUGCUGAUCAAUUCAAAUUCAGUAGAUCAAUGGAAGCUGGUGUCUAUUCAUUCACUACCAUAUUCUCUAAGGGAUUGACAAGAACUUCCUCUGCAACUGUCAAGAUUACUGUCACUGAACAACCAAAAUCAAAGAUUAUUAGAGCUUCUAUUGUACCACCAACUGGUUGCGACACCUCAGUUGUUGACCCAUCCUCUGACUUUAUAUUACAAGCAUCCAAUCAAGAUUCCCUCUCAUCUGCCAGAAUCUACGCUUGGUCUUCCUCAGAUUUGGAUCUCAGCUCUGUAACAACAAAUCUCAAAUAUAUUCAAAUUCCAAAGACACUUUUGGUUCCUGGAGCAGUUAACAAGGUUUCAUUGAAUAUUGUUGAUGGUGAUAGAUCUGGAAGUGCUGAUAUUACUUUCACAGUCAAUGCACCACCAACUGUUGGUAUUCUUGAAGUCAAUCCAACCACAGGUGUUGCUUUGAAAGAUGAGUUCCAAAUUAAGUGUGGUAACGGUUGGUACGAUCCACAAGUUCCACUCUCAUAUGAAUUCUUGUACAAGUUGACCACUGACAGCACAUGGAGCAUUUUAUCUUCCAAAUCUGAAAAGAAGUCAAUUGCUACAUCACUUCCAGCAGGAACUUUGGAUAUUAAAGUUGUCGUUUAUGAUGCUAAUGGUGCAUCUUCUGAAACAACAACUCAAAUUGUUACCACCGUACCAUCACCACAAGAAGCCCUUGCUGCACUUACUGUAUCUCAACAAGGUUCAGUAACUGUCUCUUCAAUUUCAUCUGCUCUGUCAGUUGUAGGAUCCGUCUCUGCAGCAACUCCAGAAGAAAAGGAAGCAUUGAAAGCUGCUGGUACUGCCUUUGUUGAUAAGUAUUUUAAACAAGCUGAUGAACAAGGUUCAGUUGUUGCUGAAACAUCUGAUUCAGUUGCCUCAAAGGUUUCUGUCCUUUCAUCCAUUGGUGGUUGUGUCAAUAAUUUGGCAGAUUCAACAGUUUCAUUCUCUGUCUCUAAAUUCUCAGAAACCACAUCCACUGCAUCAACUUCUAGCUCAAUCAAGAUGAAUGAUCAAGAUAUUGCAAAUUCUCAAAAUUCUGCUAAUGCCUUCUCAAGCCACAUUUCUGGAACAAUGAGAAGAACAUUCACAUUGGAUGACAUGUCAAGAAUUGAACAAAUUUUCAGUGAUCUUGUCAAUGUUCAAAUUAAGAAUUUGGUUGCUGAUAUGCCAGCUGUUAAGACCACCACAAGUAAUAUGAAUGUUUACGCAAGACUUGUCAGUAUUACAACUUUGGAAGGAUUGAAUGAAAAUGUUGAUUCCACAACUAGCUUUAACCUCACCAAAGAUUUCACUUCCAUGCCAGAAUUUGAUCAAGUUGAAAGUGUCAAGUUGUAUUACAAGACUCAAUCCACAACAAUGAAAUCAGCUGUCAGUAAGAGUGUUGAAUUCUCCAUUUUCAACAAUGAUCAACAAAUGAGUUUCAACAAUAAUUACACCAUUGCAUCCAUUUCUAUUGGAAAAUUGCCAUCUGCCAGAAAUUUACAUGGUUUAGUAGCUAAAUGUUUCGAAUUACAAAAUGGAACUUAUAUUCAAUCAACUCAAUGCACAAUUCUAUCAGAAUCUGAUAAGUCAAUCACAAUCCAAACAAGAACAACAGGCUCAUUCAUUGUUAAACUUGUUUCUCAAACAGAAACUUCAACA